AUGCCGAAGUCGGGUCCGGCGGCUUUCGCGGGUGGACUAGAGUCGCCUAUUGCAGAGAAGGGCUACGAAACGACACGAGAGAGACCUCAAUGGAACUGUUUGGUUGACCUUUUGCCAGCCGGCUCAGAAACGGCUGCUGUGUUCAAUGUGAUGAAGGCUACGUUGGGAGCGGGAAUUUUAUCUCUGCCGUUUACUAUGCUCUCUGCUGGGCUUGCUCUUGGGCUUAUUCUUCUCACUGUUAUGGCUGGGUUGUCUGUUCUUUCAGUGGGACUAAUCGUGAGGGUGGUACAUAAGAGCGGCCGAGAUACGUAUGAGGAAGUAGUUGAUCUCCUUUUUGGUCGAGGAUGGGGAUUCCUCUAUCAGUUGGCGAUGUUUGUCUUCUGCUUCGGCACAAGCGCGGUGUAUAUAGUUACUAUCUACGACAUUGUAAGUCCUGUUACAAUUCAUGCCUUCGGGAAAGAUCCUGAGGUGUGGUAUGCAAUAGUUUUGACAAACAGGAUGUACUUCAGUGUGUUGAUAACAGUGAUAGUACUGCUCCCUGUGUCGUUAAUGAAGACUAUUAAUUCUAUUCGUUAUCUAACUCUCACCGGUUCCCUCUGUGCAUGUUUUCUAGCAAUAACAUCACUGUACGUGGUGAUACGCUACGGUGCGGCCACGACUUUCACUUCGGACAUGCUAUGGAAGCCUUUGAACGUGUCGUCACUUGUGAGUGCAUUCAACACGUACUUAUUCGCCUUUGCAAAUCAGCCUAAUAUCCCUGAGAUUUUUACCGAACUUUCUACUCCUACACCCCGCACUAUGCGCAAGGUUACACUCAUUAGCAUAUUCUCGGUCCUGCUACUCUACGCCGUGGAAGGAUGUCCAUUCCUCGUUGCCUAUGGUACGAAUACAAAGUCCAACAUCCUCAUCAGUCUCGGUGAUAGAUUGAAUGAAGGCGACUUGGUGGUCGCUGUAGCAUUUCUGAUGACGGCAGUGACGGUCGUGAGUUCAUUUCCUCUGAAUAUCUACCCUGUAAGAAUCACCAUUUUACACUCCCUACGGCCAGAGAGGAAUAAGACUGUGAUUGGCAUGGUUGUUUCUACUCUAACUGUCGGCUUAGCUCUCUGUGUUGCUAUUAUUCUACCCGAUGUCAACAUUAUUCUGGGCGUGGUUGGAGCUAUGGCCGGCUCAGUGAUAUGUUUUCUAACUCCGGCAGCACUGAAUAUGAAACUCGACAGGGGAGAUGUUUUUGUUAGAGACAGAAUAUAUUAUUGCUUUAUGAUCACUAUAGGACUUGUGGCCUUUCUAAUGGGGACGUGUAUAGCGAUUUUGGACGCUCUCAAGUUCUAUAGACAGCGCACUCUCUAAUGCAAAUAAUAAAGACGUACUCAACGGCAUCGACUUUGCCUUGUUCUUCUGGUAGAUUGAACCGAUUCAUCGUUUACNNNNU